AUGACCUUCUCGAGGAAAGUGGCUUUGGCACUGCCCAGCCAUUGUAUAAUCCUAUUCGAUUCUAUCACGAACUCGUGGUACGGCGCCAUCGCAACACACAAGAUGUUAUCCGAGGCCAUCCACGACCUUCUCGAGGAAAGUGGCUUUGGCACUGCCCAGCCAUUGUAUAAUCCUAUUCGAUUCUAUCACAAACUCGUGGUACGGGCGCCGUCACAACAAACAAGGCAAGAGGAUUCGCAUCAGGACGAGUGGCAAGUCGUACUAGUAGUACCAGUGGCUAUCAAAGAAUCUAGAUUCUACAAAACGGUGUCCGAUAUGUCGUGGCAUGUUGAAACAACGUUGCAAGUCAUGAUGCACUGUCCUGAACAACCUGAGGGCCUGACAGCUCAGAAUGAAAGGAUACUAGACGCAAUGAUGAUUAAUCAGCACAGGAAGAAAGUAGGGUGA